AUGUAUUUUUACCUAAUUUUGGUUACUGCAGCAGUGGUGACUUCCACAACAGCCCAACAAAAUCAAGGCUUCCCAAAUCAACCAGUUGGCUCAAAUCAAUGGUACCCCAACAACAACGGUCAGACGGGUUUCAAUGGACAGCUAGGAAAUAGUCAAUAUCCCUAUGGAACUCAAAACGGACAGUAUCCUUAUGGAACUCAAAACGGGCAGUAUCCAUUUGGUAACCAAAAUGGACAGUACCCUUAUGGAAACCAACCUCAAAACUCAUACGAUCCCUACAAUAACAUGUACCCUAAUCAAUACGGGCAAGGAAUUUACGAUCAGUUUGGCACCCGAGUUACUGGUCUUGGUCAAAGCCAGCGUGGAUGCCGAACACAGACCCGAAGAAUUUGCUCAGAACAGGUCCAAUGCAUAAUGGGACAGAUUUGCUGUGCAAAGCCCCGAAAUGUCUUCCAACCACAGCAACAACAAGGGAUGUCAAUUAUCCGCCCUCCACAGAAGAGCCGUCCAAGCGGAACAUUUCGUAUCUUGCCGGAUCGUUUGAAGAAUCGACACAAAGAAGUGGACGUAUUGAUGCCAAAGCGAGAAAAAACGGAGGCGACAUCGGAUGCCUCAGACGAUGAUUUCGCCAGUGAUGACAAUCCGGCUUCCGUUUCACAGGAUGAACUUUACGGCACCUCCGAGUUGUCCGAGCCAAUCAAACGACGUCGCGUUGAUUUCGACUCAGUCCGUUUGAUGUCUGUGCAUGGAGUGAAUGACAUCAGCCUCAAAGUGCAGCAUGUACAACUUUACAAACUUUCCGAGCGUCUCAUGUUGAAGGAUCGCUUGCUAAAUGAGGAGAUCAAGCGUAACGAGUCCUACUGCAUGCGGCAAUUUCAAGAUGACAAGAAAAUUUGCUUGGUCAACAGGUAUUUAAGCCAGCUAAGUGACGAUCUUCAUGCUAUCGUUGAACGAGUCGGGCCGAAUACGUCGAUGAAAGAAAUUAAAGAGGAGCCUGCAGAGCAAUCACAAUUCAUAUCACCAGAGUUUUUGUCGGAUAUCGAGGAAAAGAAUGCAGAGGAGCUCGAUACGAUUUGGCAGAAACGAGUUUCUACAACAUUGAACGUGACGCAAACUAUCAUGGACUUGAUAAAGGCUCAAUCAGCGGAGCUCUCGGCUUUUGCUCGUCGUUUGGAAUCAGCAUUAGAAAAAGAAACUGAGGAGCGCACAACGGAGUUGACUUCACUUGUGGAAGCUUUCAAGACGUCCAAUGAAGUCGCUACGUUGACUGCCGCGAACACGAAGCUCACGAAGGAAGUUCAGCAGUAUCAACAGAAAUGCCAAAAUGACUCACUUGAGGUAGCCAGGCUCCAGGAUGAAAUCAUGCUGAAAAACACAAAAAUCGACGAAUUGAUGCAACAAAUAGAGGAUAAACAAUUUGAGCUACGCAAGUCGUGGGCAAAAGAAGCAAAAUUAGAUCAUAGAUUAGCUACAAUGGCAAAACAGCAAAGCAUAGGGGGUCCCGAGGUUUUCAAAAAUGUGUCCAAGACUGAUGUCAAUAUGAGCGCUGAAAAUUUAUCUGAUUUGGAAGAAGCGAAAAAGGAAAUUUCAUUCGAAAAGGAGAAAUCUCAAGCAAGACUAAAAGAAAUCGAGUCACUCAACGAUCGUCUCAAACACCUUUCCAGUCAAACAGAAUUGCUUCGUCUCAAGAAUUUCGAGUUUGAAACCAACGCAAAUGAGAAGUCAAAAGAGUACAACAGCUUGAGAGAUUGUUACGAUGAACUCUAUCACGAACAUGAACGAGUUCUUGAGGAGCUUGCUUCAACGAAUGAAUUGAUCUUUGAAAUGGAGAAAAAGCACGAGGAAGGACUUAAUGAAUACAAGCAAAUUGAGCAAAUGGCGAUGGAGAAAAUGCAUCAACAUCUUAACAAUCAGGAGAGAGAAUUGAGCAAGUACAAGAGUGACUACGAGAAGCUGCGUAUUGAUAUCGACAAGAAUGUUAACGAGAGCAACCGUCAGCUGGCACUACAGCAGGACCUUGCUACUUUCAUCAAGGCUCUUGAAACACAAGUCCACAACUUCAAACAAGAAUCAGCCAGGUUCAAGAAAAAGUGGCAAGAGGCCGUAAAGAACUCUAUGCAGACCAAAGGGCAAUUGGAACGAGACAAAGCCUAUCAUGAACAAUGUCUCUUGAUCCCGUUACCGGAUGGAUUCACUGAUGGCAAAACGGACUCUUCCAAGCAGAAAAAUGGUGCUAUCGAGAACGAACCAAUGCCGACAACAAUGGACGAGUUGCGAGAAUAUGCUAGUCGCUUGAGAACGCGCAUUGAUGAACUUCGCGGGUUUGAAGAUGCUGCACAGAACGUGACGAGUGAAAAACGAGAACUGCUUGAAGUUUUGGCCAAAGAAAAGAGUCUCGUGCUGCAAAAUGAGCGUCUGAUCGAGCUGGUGCGGAGAAUUCAUGCCAACGAAUGGCAAAAUGACUUGAAAUUCCAGGCCGAUGAUCACAAACGGAAAAUUGGAGAGUUGAAACAACAGAAUUCCGUGCUUCAAAUUGAAGCCACGAAUGCAAAAGCCGAUGAAGAAGCUCUAAUGGCAGAAAUGGAGAGCACUGGAGUGGCUCUUGAACAACUACAAGAGCAGAAUGGAAAGCUUUUGAAACAAAUCAAGGAGAAAGACGAUCUGCACUUAAAGAUGAUGAGCGAUCGCAUUGAAGCUGCACUUCUCGAAUCAAAGCUGAAAGAUGAAAAAUCGACUCUUCUCGAAAAAGUGGAACUUCUCGAGAAUAUGGUUGCUGCUCAAUCACACGAGAUCAGUCAGUACAAAACCCUUCACACGCAAACAAGCACGGCCCUCGACGAGAAAAAGAACCACUUUAGAAAAGCAAUUGAUCGUCUUGAUAGUAUACAAGCCAAAUGGAAGGACGCUCACCAGAAGCUCACUGAAGAAAAGGGUCGAGUGCAAACGUUAACCACACAGUUGACGAACUAUACGGAGGUUGUUGAAACGAAGACGCAAGACAACGAGAAAAGCAUCUCAACAAUUAGAAGACUUAAAGAGGAGCAGGACUUGCUGAAGAAGAGAUUACAGCAUGUGAAGGGUGCAGAACAGUCCGUCAAAGAUGAAGUGCUUUUGAUGGAAAUUAGUGACUUAAAGGAACAAUUAACUUGUCCUUCAUGUAAAGUCAAUCGAAAGGAUGCAUUGCUCACCAAAUGUUAUCACGUGUUCUGCAUGAAAUGCAUAAAGACGAGAUACGAGAUGCGACGAAGAAAGUGUCCCAAAUGCAACGCGUGUUUCGGUGCCAAUGACUAUCACCGCAUCUACAUCACC